UUUUUGGUAGUUUACAAAUAAAAUGGCCGAUAUAUGAGGCUAUUUUGUAUGGACAAUAAAAUAUACUAUUUAAUAAAAUUAAUGACCAUCAGCCGUGCGCGAUUACGUUUGAAAUUGUUAGUUCAGUGCCGCCGAGUGCAUGAAAAGUGUGAGGAACACGCGUGAAGACUUGGGAGGGCCAUAAAAGAGGUGGAGGUUGUCUUUUGGGGACCGUGGACGCCGCGAGCUUCCAAGCGAGCUCCAAGCGGGCAGCGUUGUUGCAGAGACAGACACUAAUAAGCUUCAAUACAUGCAAAUCUCACGCAUCUGUCUGAUUUUUUUGAAUUCGUCCGCGCGUGUCGGCGCACCGAGAACCGAAGCAAGCAGGUACAAUGACCACUCGACUCCGUUGCCAGGAUACCGGAGCGUGACGUUCUCUUGGCCUGGUCGGGCCCCAGGGAAUACAGCGUAUCACCUAAUAAAAACUUUGCAGUCGUGGAGUCCCCGGGAUCGAACAAUGAAUUGACAUCGAGCGAAGGAUCCGUUAACGUUACGGUCAACAACGGCGACGUCUUUCCCUCAAUUACCCCCUUUGGCAAUAUGUGCACAACGCCUGGAAAUGCAGGUGCCGGAUUUGGUUACCCUUGGUCAUUUGGUGGGCCAGGCACUGACGCUCGCGAAAAUGCACAAAGCGAUUUGAGUACCAACAUUAGUUACGCUGUAAACAAUAACCAGGAUCAAGGCUCGAGUCAGAAAAUUCAAGUUGACGUCAAACCGGCAAAGUUGGCCAACAGUGCUCACCGUCGCCCAGUAUUCGCUAUGAAUGAGAGUUGUCAACAACCGCCGACUACUCACCACGGACAUACAGGAGCUCACAAUCAAACCCACGGUGUUCACGUUCGUACUAAGAAGCACCACGAUGGCUUCUCAGUAACCUGCGAUAAAGGUGGUUGUAACUGCGACGCUGCUCACCCUACUCCCCCGCCAUCGCUCUUCUCUAACCCCUUGGUAUUUAGCGCAGCUGACAAACACGCCAUGAGUAAGCAUUUCAUGACUCCCCUCGGCCCACUCCAGCUAACCGCCGAAGAGUGCAACGAAAUCCUAAUGAAACGGGCUGUGGCUGCUUCGAAUCAGGCAACCGCUAAUAGUGUAGCAACCAGCCAGACAGACAGUACGGCUCACCUAGGUCAUGUAUUUACCCAUGUGAAUACCGUACAGAUCGAGACUAAGGUCAAACAGCAGCAGGACAUGGGCAGCCAGGUCCGUGUCCCAAAAGAACGCCCGUACUCGUGCUCCGAGUGCGGCAAGUCAUUCCUACUGAAGCAUCAUCUGACUACCCAUGCCAGAGUACAUACGGGGGAGCGGCCUCACAUCUGCCCCCACUGCGGCAAAAGCUUUGCUCACAAGCACUGUUUACAUACUCACCUUUUGCUGCACAGUUCUGAGCGGCCGUACCAGUGUCGGGAGUGCAAGAAGUCCUUCACGCUGAAGCAUCACCUCGUCACUCAUACUCGAGUUCACACGAGGGAGAGGCCAUUUGUAUGCCAGGAGUGCGGCAGAGCAUUUCCCCUGAAACGUCAUUUAGUUACCCACAGCAAAUUUCAUUCUGGCGAACGACCAUUCGUCUGCGAAGAAUGCGGGGAAUCGUUUUCACAGAAGGACCACCUCGUCAUGCAUUCGCGUUUCCACGGCAGCUUGCAUCCCUUCGUUUGCCACGACUGCGGAGCCACCUUCCAGAGAAAGUUUGAGCUUGUUAACCAUGGACGGUUACACGGUAGAGUGCCACAUUCAUGUACCGUUUGUGGCAAAGAGUUUCUACAGAAGCGUACUUUACUUGCUCACAUGCGCCUACACACCGGGGAGACACCAUUUGCCUGCACUGUCUGCGGCGAGGCCUUCCCCCGCAAAGCUGAUCUGGUGGCACACUCCAAGAUACACAACAAUAAUACAAGUCCCGAUGAAAAGCCCUUAACUUGCAGGGAAUGCGGAUUGGACUUUUCCAAUCGUGAGGCACUGACUCUGCAUUUGAGGCUGCACUCCGGCGAUCGAACUCUCGUCACGGACUUAUGCGGCUUAGCUGCGGCUUUCCAACAAACUCCAGGUCAUUUUCUAACGCCGAAUACGACAGGGCCUCAUCAGUAUUUACAGAUGAACGGCCCUAUCGGAACCCCCGGGGUGAGCCACAUGCACGGAGCCACGCAAACGUCUCCGCCUGUGGGCUCAGGACCCAAGCCCAAGCCCCAUCUCUGUCCCGAUUGCGGGCGUGGUUUCGCUCAGAAACACGGACUAUCCCAACAUCAGCGCCGCCACACGGACGGUAGCUGCCACAUCCGGUCCCACGUUUGCGAUAAAUGCGGAAAGGCGUUCUUCCAAAAGAACCACUUGUUACUUCAUCAACGUCAGCACAUGGAUCCUCCGCCAAGUCUGCUUCGUCAGCAGCAAAGACAGGCUGCUCAGGCAGCCGCUCAACAGGCCCAGCAACAACAGGUCCAACAGCAGCAGCAAGCCUGCACUGUGGACACUAAAGCAAUACAGCUGCAAGCAAUACAACAGCAAGUUCAACAGGUUCAGCAACAAGUCCAACAAGUUCAGCAACAGCAGCAACAACAACAACAACAACAACAACAACAACAGCAGCAGCAACAGCAGCAGCAGCAGCAGCAGCCCUGCACUGUCGACACGAAAGCAAUACAGCUAAACGUCACCAUGUGAAACACUAUAGCGUACGUGGUUGAAACGACCGGCAAUGAAAAAAGGGAUGUCCACUUGAGGACAAGGAUCGCACCCCCGGACAUACGCCCAGCUGCAACCCUCUGCACGCACUUCUCUUAUACUAACAUUACGCAUUAGUUAUAUUUAUUAUCUUUAGAAUCAGGUAUGAAUUAAUCAAUUUUAUUACAAGAGUAUAUAUACAAAUUAUAUAUAUAUAUAUAUAUACAUAUAUAUAUAUAUUAUAUUCUAAUUAUCGUAUAAGGCUUGUAACAAGUAAAUAAAAAUAACCAUGUAUUAGUGUUUUACAUAUACUUUAUAUCAUUUACUUUAGAUAUGUAAAAUGAAGUACUAAACAAAUUAGUUGCCUUAUCGAUAUGAUGAAAUUUAAUGAUAAUAACUAUCGUUUGGUUCAUUAUUAUUAUUAUUAUUAUUAUUAUUAUUAUUAUUAUUUUUCAUUUAUUUUAGUUUGUAGGAUAUCAAUUUAUAAGAAAAAUCAUAUUGAAUAAACAAAGCGAAAAAGAA